AAUAGUCAAUGCUCCUAUCGAGUGCAAGGCUUCAAAAAGAGGCUCUGACCCAUGUGAUGGCACGGGCCUAUUUACGGAGCGUGCCAGUGAAUGACCCUGCACCAACAACGCGUUCAAGGUGCAUACGGCGUUUCCCUUAUUCCAUCACUAGUCCUGGCAAACAAAUAUGAUCGUACCCCCCAGACCAGAUGACCAAUUGCAGCUGUUCUUUAAAAAGCUACUGGAGGCAAUGACCCGUUUAGCAGUAAAGAGGAGCCAUAUUCGUCUCAAUUUUGCUGAAUGACUCAAAGUUUCAUCAGCUCAGUCGCCUCUAUCUAUCGCACUGAAUUCAUCUAUCACGUACAUAUAUUUUUGGCCCCAUCUCACCAACUGCUCAGCCUCUCAUUUCCCCGACCAAAACCCCAUCCCCAGUGCGAGCUCUCACCACGUCAGCAAACAACCAAACCCAUUAUGGCUACCAUAAUGCAGCAAAGUCCACAAGAUGCCAGCUAUUUCUGGCGAAGCAGUUCAGACACCUGGACGAGCAAUCACGUAUGGGAACCACAAGAGCGCAGACGCUCCAUGGACGACGAAGAGGAAGUACUCUACGAACUUGACGAAGUCGCCCUAGCACAACUACCACUGCAUCUCCAACACAACAUGCGUCAAAUACAGCUGGAACGAAUACGCAAACUACUGCACGACCGGGAUCCGGGUUCAGGGCUUGACCCCAGACCUGUACACCCUAAUCCCUAUGCGCAAACCUGGUUCAAGAACAUGAUGGCGCGACUCUCAGCAGAACAAGAGAUGAAUGAGGUCCACGAAUGGCGCCAGUCGGUACAGCUUGACGGCGAACCCGACGACACUACCUGGCCUCUGGUUCCACGACAGUGGACUGGCAACAGACAGCACUAUGAUCGGAGAACCUGGCAUUUUGAUCAUGCGACUUCGGGUGAGAAUAGUUUCAACGCUUAUUCGACAGGCAGCACACGUGUAUGCAGUUUGCAUGGUCUGGGGGUCAAUGAGUUUGGAUUCCGCCUAUCCGAUUCUGGUUCACAUGGUAGCAGAGACCAGAAGCAGGAGGUCAGAAAGGUCUCUUCGAAGCCUCGGAAGAGGAAUUUGUCUCUUAUUACGCAUAUGCGGGCUCAUGUGCGUUUUCGGGUACGCAAGAGUGUUCAGAAGCUAAGCAAGCUCCUGAAGAAGUGAUCUGGGUUCUUCAACGCUGGUUUGUGUCGUUGAAUCACUUGAACAUUUGGGGAAAAGUUUGGGUUUGUUUUCUUAGGAGUUUGGCGAUAUGGAUUAUAGGGUAUACCUGGAUAGCGGGCGUUAUGAAGCAUCUGUGCAAGAUGAGCUUUUUAUUUUGUGAAUGAUAUGAAUUAAUCUUCAAGACCCAAAGGAAGAAAGGGC